GCUCUUUCUGAAGGAGACAUGUUGGUGGCAGGUCGCACAUUUAGCGAGACGUUUGGACGUCUGUUUUGCUUCUUGAAUCUUCCAAGUGUACUACAUCACACCCAAGUCUACAUUGAGGUAAUGGAUCAUUUUGCACUGAAAGUCAUGGAUGGGGACAAAGUGCUCAAGCUACUUCUGCCGUCUAUUCCUUCCUCCCUUGAGCAGUUGAUGGUGGCGGUGAAGGAGCUGUGUUGCUGUACGGAGGACAUUAGCCUAAAGUAUCUGGACUCAGACUUUGAGGACUUCUUUGACCUUUCUUCACCCACCCAAAUUAAACACAAGGACACCAUUCGAGUUGUGCGCCCCACAUACAUCACAUUAAACAUGCAGAAUAUCAGUAAUGAUGAUCUAUCAUUUUUGGAUGAUUCCACAUCCUCUGCUGCACCCAAUUCACCAGAUGACGCUCAUUCCAUUGCCUCACAAGACACCAUUCUACUUUCCCCCAGCAGCAGUCCAGAAAGGGCACCAUGGCCCAAGCAUUUUCCCAUCCCAGUGUUUUGUUAUGAGGCUGAGAUGAUGCUUCAGCGAGGCAAUGAAGCCUUUAAGAAAGACGGGUCACGACUGACCAACCCAAGUGUGAAGACUGCUGUAUUGGAUGGAUUAUCGAGAGCCAUCUUCCAAUACACUGCUUAUCCAUCCGGCCUACAGAUUGCUGCAGUGGCUGAGGAACUUGUCAAGAAGCACCCAUGCCUCAGGGAUGCCAGCUCCUACACAGGCUACUCCAGCUGGCAGUACAGCAUUAAGUACAAAAUGGGCAACUAUAGAAUGAAGCUCCGAACAAUGGAUAUUCCGGAGGUUACCUGCAACUCCUUGAAACACAAAGUGCCUGGUGAAAGAAAACCUGCUAAAAACGUCAAAAAGGCAAAAAAGUCUGAGGUCAAUUACCUACCACCACUGCCGGGGAAAGAAACCAUGGACACCCAGGAAAUAGCAAGGAAAGAGCUCCUGGCUGAGGCCAAAAAAAAGGAUAAUGCGAGGGCCAUCAAUGAACUCAUGACCAUCACAUUUCCUUACAGGAGACAUGAAGUAGUCAACCUGUGUCCCAGAGCUGAGGAAAUGCUGGACAGAUGGCCUGCCCUUUUUCAAACCUCUCAGAUCAAUGAAGAAUUCCGCCAGCUGACAACAAAAACUCUGGAGCCGAAGUUCAUGGCCAUGCUGGAUAACUACACACCAAGGCUCCUGGGUCUCUUCCAGAGCAAAGGAGGGGCCUUAGGGGAAAGACUCAAGGCUAAUAUGAGCCGUCUUUUUGAGGAUCCCAACAACAUUGACCUCAGGAGAGAAGUGGUCAUCUUAUCCCUGAUUGACUACCUGGGAGAAGAAAAAAAGGCACUGAUAAAAGAAUACCACUCAGAAGACCUGGCCCAAGAAGACCAGCAAGUGAUGAAAAUCUGUGUUGUCGCAGAUGAGGUUGGCAUUGUCCUGGAAGGUGUAAGGGUGAUGCGUGGCUUGGGAAACAUAGCAAGUGCAUGCUCUGCUCUUCUUGGCCUUACCUAUGCUCUGAAUCUGAGCUAUCCCAAGGAACUUAAACAUACAUUUGAGACCUUUCAAAAAAUCUUUCUUGAAGUGGAGGAGGGGAAGCUUUCAGGGAAACUACAUUCCCUGAAAAACAAACUGAAGUAAUUGAAGAGUUCAAAUGCAAAACCCUCUAAAAGCCAUUACAAAAUUUAAAUAGCAUUUUUUCAUUCAGAUUUAUAGAAAUUAAAACUUAAUUUAUAGAAACACAGCAUGUUUUUGGAAUCCCACCAAAAAGGCACUUGGAGUUUUCCAUCUGAAAUCUUCAAUUGUUUCAACAGCAUAUACAUCAGCAUGUUAGGGUUCAAUCCAGUGAACCAUGGCUAAAUAAACUUGAGACUCAUUUCCCUGUUUUUUGAAUUUGAUGCCAAUAUCCACAUUUAAGCCAUUUUACACUUCAGUGUAACUUCAGUUGUUCAUUGUUGACGCUAUGCUGCUUUCCUGCAACAAAACACUGAUCACCGCCAGUAAACAAACACACACACACACCAUAAUGUGUUUGGGGAAUGUAAAAAAUUAGAGACCAAUUCUGUUUGAAAAUUAGAGAAAAAACAAUGAUUUAACCCCCACCAGCAAAACAGAAAUGCGCCCACACACACACGAUCAAGAGAUGAAAGCGAUGGGUAAUGAUGCUGACGAGUGUGGUGUAAUAGAACAUAUUUGAUCAAUUUAUGCCACAGGGAGAGAGCUGCACAACUCUGUACAACUUCUUUUUCAGUUCAGGUUUCAGUUUCAGCUUCAAAAUGUCCCUGGUACUGUUAAUGUUCUUACAAGACAAGGCCUUGGAUUUUUUUUCCCAUUUUGUUUGGCAUAUUGGACCAUAGGGGACCAGUGCUAAAUAAAUUGGUGACCCAUUUCCUUUUUUUCAUACCUACCUACAAAUAUGCCAUUUUACACGGCUAUGUACAACUUUUUUUUUUUCCAAGAACUUUUCACUUCAGUUUUCAGUUUCGCAUUUAACCUGCUACUGUUAAGACAUUAUUAUUCUUACAAGCCAAGGCCUUGGCUAUGUUUUCUUCUGUCAGGCAUAUUGUAACUCUAGCGACCCAGUGCUAAAUAUAUUUGUGACACAUUUUCUUUUUUUUUUUUAAUUAAUGAGAAGAAAUAAGAAAAAUAAGAAAUUCAGUUGGUCCAUGUUAAGUUUGUUUCACAGUUAACCAGCUACCGUUUAGCUUUGAUGGUACACCAAGCAAAUGUUGGUUCUGUACAACUUCAAUUUUAAAAUAAUGUUCAGUUGUACUUUCACUUGAAAGUAAAAUAAAAGGCAUAAAAUGCAUAA